UUCAAAGUGGGAGGUCAUUCAUUAUCCUCGGAGACAUGGAAGUAGAUUACAAUCCCAGUUUUCGAAUAUACUUGACUACUAAGUUGUCCAACCCAGUUUUCAGCCCAGCUGUGUACACUAAAACUACUGUAAUAAAUUAUUCAAUCACUACUAUGGGUUUGGAAGAUCAACUGUUAAGAAUGGUAGUGCAUAAUGAAAGAUCUGAUCUUGAAGAACAAAGGGACAAACUGAUUGCAGAAACAUCCAAAAACAAGAAUCUCCUAAAAUAUUUAGAAGGUUCCUUGUUGCAUGAAUUAUCGACAUGUACAAGGAAUAUGCUCAACAACAGUGAAUUGGUUGAAACUCUAGAAGAAACCAAGAGAAAGGCUGCAAAGGUGAAAUCGAAUCUGGAAGUAGCUUCUGUGACUGCAAAAGACAUUGAUAAAUUACGAGAUGGAUACAAGCCUGUAGCUAAACAUGGAGCCAUUUUAUUUUUCAUCCUGUCAGAUAUGGCUGGAGUGAGUUCCAUGUAUCAGUAUUCCCUUUCUGCGUAUGUGGGAGUGUUUGCUUACUCCCUGCUGGAAGCUCUGCCGGACACGGAACUUAGUAAGCAAUGCAGGAACAUCAUCAAUAUUCUUACAAAGAAUGUCUAUGAUUAUGGAUGCAUGGGUAUAUUUGAGAAACACAAACUGUUGUACUCAUUCCAAAUGGCAAUGAAACUGGAACAGAGCCAUGGACGUGUGUCGCAGAAGGAGUUGAACUUCUUCAUCAAAGGGAGCAUCAAUGUAAUCAAAUCUGAAAGAGUUCCACCAGCCAAAUGGAUAAAUGCACAUGUUUGGGAGGAUAUCUUAAAGUUGUCAACUGACUUCACUGAAACAUUUGGCAGUCUUCCAGAACACAUGGAGCUUCACAGUGAUAGCUGGAAAGAGUGGUUUGACUUGGACAACCCUGAGACGGUGGACUUCCCCAAUGGGUACUCUCAGAAAACAAGUAACUUCCAGAAGCUGAUGCUUCUGAGGUGUUUCCGGGUGGACAGACUAUACCAGGCUGUAACAAACUACAUUACAGAAAUAAUGGGGGAAGAGUAUAUAAAACCCCCAUUCAUCAGUUUGGAUGCCAUUUUCAAACAAAGUACACCUAGAAUUCCAGUAGUAUUCAUUCUGAGUGCAGGGUCUGAUCCAGCUACUGACCUAAUGAAAAUGGCUGACCGUUGUGGAUUUGGAGGGAGAAAAUUCUGCCAUCUUUCCCUUGGACAAGGCCAAGGACCUAUUGCCCUGAAAAUGUUAGAAAUAUCUAUUGCCAAGGGACAGUGGUUAAUGCUUCAGAAUUGUCACCUCCUACAUGAUUUCUUGAGGAUACUAGAAAAGAAACUGGAACAGGUAGCGAAUCCUCACCCAGACUUUCGACUGUGGCUCACAACAGAUCCAACACCCACGUUUCCUGCUGGUAUCUUACAGAGAUCGUUGAAAGUGGUGAUAGAAACACCAAGUGGCCUAAAACUGAACUUGAAAAGAACCUACAUGAAGCUCAGAAACCAGACCUUGGAGAGUUGUGGCCAUCCUGCAUUCCGGUCUCUGGUGUAUGUCCUGGCAUUCUUCCAUGCUGUGGUCCAGGAACGCCGAAAAUACGAUAAGAUUGGAUGGAACCUUUUUUAUGACUUCAGUGAAUCAGACUUCAGCAUCUGUGUGCAGAUAUUGGAAACAUACUUAGCAAAAUCACUUGAAGCAAAAGAUACAGAGAUACCUUGGAGGAGUCUGAAGUACCUCAUUUGUGAGGUGAUAUAUGGUGGACGAGUUAUAGAUGAGUUUGAUCGGCGUAUUGUGAGGACUUACAUGGAUGAGUACAUGGGGGAUUUCCUGUUCCACACUUUUCAGCCAUUUCACUUCUACUGCGAUGACUUUGUAGAUUAUAUAAUUCCAGAGGAAGAUGAUUUAAGUGGAUACAUUAAUGCCAUCGAAGAACUUCCUCUGGUUAACAGUCCUGGAGUCCUUGGUUUGCAUCCAAAUGUCCAGAUUGGCUACUACACCCAGGCUGCUAAAGAGAUGAUAGGUCACCUCAUGGAGCUACAGCCACAAACUGGCGGAACUGGUGGAGGAAUGAGCAGAGACAAGUUUAUUGAUAAUGUAGCCAAAGACAUAAUGAGGAGAAUUCCACCAUCUUAUGAUGUUGCACAAGUAUGCAAGACUUAUGAGAUGAGCCUCACUCCAACAACAAUAGUACUUCUUCAAGAACUGGAACGCUUCAAUCUACUCUUAGAAAACAUGCGUAAGACACUCGAUCUCUUAAGGAAGGCUCUGGCUGGUGAGAUCAGUACAGAUGCUGUUCUGGACAAUGUGGCUUAUUCCCUGUUUAAUGGGAAGCUGCCAAAUAUCUGGGAAAAGUUAGCUCCAGAUACUUGCAAGGGAUUAGGAGCUUGGAUGGACCAUUUUGAGAAGAGGAUCAACCAAUAUACUUUAUGGGCAGCAAGUGGGGAACCAAUGGUGAUGUGGCUGUCAGGGCUUCAUGUACCCAGGUCUUUCUUGAUGGCGCUAUUACAAGUUGCAUGUCGCAAGAAUGGGUGGCCUCUUGACCGAUCCACUUUGUCCACAACUGUGACAACAUAUAUGGAUAUUGACGAUGUUGAGAAACGGCCAAAUCAGGGUUGUUUUGUACAUGGUUUGUACUUGGAAGGUGCUCAUUGGGAUAAACAGAAACAAUCGCUAGCAAGAUCUCAUCCCAAAGUGCUCAUUGAAGAAUUGCCUGUCCUGCUGAUUACACCGAUAGAAUCCCACAGACUGAAGCAGCGAAAUAUUUUCCACGCACCUGUGUACACAACGUUACAGCGCAGAAAUGUCAUGGGGGAGGGUCUCGUGUUUGAAGCUGACCUGGCAACUCAGGAACAUGAAAGUUACUGGAUUCUGUCUGGAGUCUGUCUCAUACUCAAUACAGAUUGAGACGUGUGAUUCAUACUGUGUGUUCCCACUCAAAGUGCUGCUUGGUGUUAUUGUGAAGUUCCCUUCCCACUUAAUUUUCACUUAAAUAUUGCCAUCUGGCCCAUAUAUGCUAUGUACCACAUUCUUAGGUUUCCCAGCCUGUCAUAGUCAGCAUGAAACAACCCCGCCUCAGUUUUCAUGGGAGGUAAGUAGUUAAAAAAUUAAUACCAACGUUAAAGGUUGAUAUAUCUAUUAAUCCUGUUUAUUUAGAAUUCAUAAGGAAGAAACAAAGGUUUAUAAAUAUAAUCAUGCAAUUUUAAUUAGUCCUGGUACUUGCGUAAUAUUGAAGGUAAUGACGUUGAAAUUUGAUAGCAUCAGAACAUUUGGGUUGAUUUGUAUUUAUAGGUAGUAGAGACCUCCUAAAAAUGCAGCACACUGUGCUAUACCAUUUACUUUAUAUUAUGAUUUGAAAAAGUCUGAAAUAAGUCUGUUUUUCUUCCUGCAAGUUUUCAGUUGGCUACAUGGAACUGACUUAAGAACUGUAAAAAUGGUAACAUUAAGAAAAUACAAUGGAUACAGAAGAAUAAUUGUGAGAUCCACAUCACAUCUGAAGAAGUUACUAGUUUGAUAAAUAUUGUCCUAUUGACUUUAUUAUGGUUAGUUUCAUAUAGACCUUGGUGCGAAUACGAAAGGUAACUGUUUAAUGAGCAGUAUGUAAAAUAUUAAACUAUUAUGUUAUUAUCCUCCCACUGGUAAAUUCAGAGAAACAUUUACUGUCCAUGUAAAUCUUUUAUUCAAGAACUGUUCAGCGGUAGGAUAUUACAUCAGUGUUUAAAAUAGUUUCACAGCCGAAGAGGCCACAAUCAACCAUGAUAACUGUCGGUAUAUUUAUUGUCUUUGAAGUAAAUGAAGAACUGUUGAAUCAGCUGAAGAUUAAUGUGGAUCAGACUCCUUGAGAAGCUGAAUAUUUCAUUCAACUAGUUCAUUUACUGGCAUUUUAUGAAACCCAAAGAUUCAUUAUCAUGUUCGCAAGAGCUUGCCACUGGUCCUUAUCCUUCCUGAGCCAGAUGAAUCCAGUCCUUGAUCAAAUCUGAUUCAUUGAAGAUCCAUUCCCUCUUCCCUUAUGAAUUUUAACCAAACUUUGGGUGUUUCCUCCCAUAUGUGCUACAUGCCUUGCCUAUCUCAUCCACCUUGAUUUUAUUACUUUAAUAAUAUUUUAAUAAUAAUAAUAGAAACACACUUCUCAUAAUAUUUGUUUGCCUUUGUAUUUCUACGAAAAAUCACUCCUUACUUUAAAAUACAAGAUAAUGUAAAUAUGACAUGGACAUAUGAGGGAGAGGAGAUACAGCUCUACACAUGCUCAGCCUUGGCACUAGAUGAAGGCAAACUUCACAUUCCAGCCACUGUAUUCCCAAGAAAAUAACCUCAGAAUCUGUUAGACAGGAGACCAAGUGGGCCUACGAGCUGAUUUGAAUGUUGUGGCAGAGAGAAGGAUCCUGCCUACCAGGAUCUGAACCCUGGUUAUCCAACCCAAAGCCUAGUCAAAAUGAUUCCUCCCCCAAAUUUCAGAGGCCUUCAGCCAAAGCAAUCCAAAAAAAUUUGGGCUCAGCUUCCAGCCAUCACCCAACCAAAGGUAUUUUCACAAAGAAUAAAGUUCCUAAUGAGAUUUAUUCUCCCACCAAUAGCUAUCCCCUAGUCUGAACACAUAAAGGCCUUCAGCUACAACAAUCCCGUUAAUGUAAACGUAGCCAAAGUUACAGUUUUUUGGUAACGGCUUUUAGAUGCAGAAUGGUUUCAGCAAGGAAUGAUAUUUUGCGCUUGCGCAAGACUCCGCCGUUAGUUAGAUUUUGGUUGGUGGUUGUUUGGCUGCUAGUGGACGCGACGCUCAUUGAAACCGCGCAGUGAUUGUGAUACUGCAGGAGUGAGCAGUUAUCGACCUGCACCAUGAGACCGAAAGAACCAUGUUGUGACGUAGAAGAAAACCCCUAUAUCCAUAUAGCUAGGAUUUGAGAAGCGAUAUAUAUUAAUUCAGGAAACCAUAAAUUAUAAAAGUAUGCAAUCACCAUUACGUACAAUAGUUUGUAGGUUUUUACAGUAAUGUGAAAAUCAAGAAAUAAAAAAAUAACUUCUA